UUUGGCAAUGGGUGGGGUGUAUUGAACUUCUGCUGUAGGACGCCAUGCAGCGUUAGUGAGCAGACACAGUGUAACUAACACGGAAGUGAAGUGUAGCCGUUUUUCGAGCACAUUUCUCUGUCGCUUUGGAUUACAGACAUGAUGGCAGAGGAUAUUCAGACCAAGCUGAAGAAUUACAAGACGGCACCUUUUGAUGCCAGGUUUCCUAACCAGAAUCAAACCAGGAACUGCUUUCAAAACUACUUGGACUUUCAUCGUUGUACUAAAGCACUAACUGCAAAAGGAGUUGAUACUUCUCCAUGUGAGUGGUAUCACAAGGUAUUUAAAUCAAUCUGCCCAAUCUCCUGGGUAAACAAAUGGAAUGAUCAGCUGGCAGAAGGCACAUUCCCUGGAAAAAUCUAACUUGUGAUUGCAGCUUGAUUGAAACCCUUACAAUGUUUCCAAAGCUUUCACCAAAAUAAAUACUAAAUAUUAAACAGGUUAUUUUCUCA